AUGGACGACUUCUCUCUAUUAAUUGAGUCAUUGAUUCAGAGUGAAAUUGAUGAUAUGACACUUGAUUUAGUUUAUGAAAUCCAUUCAUCGCUCAAAGGUAUUCCUCAAGAUGAGAUUUCAACAAAUAAUUAUGAUCAGAAAAGAAUAUCAAUCGAAAAACAGACUUGUAUUUGUCCAAAUUGUGGUCAAACAAAUUUAGUUGCAAUCAGAUUCGCUUAUCACUUAGCGAAAUGUCUUGGUGCUGGAAGACAAUCGUCACGGCAAGCUCAACGUCGAAUUGUGGAUCAAAUAAUGAUAUUUACAGAUUCAGAUGAAAAUCGAUCUAAUGGAAAUCAAUUUUCGAAAGAUAUUGAAACGAAUUCCGUGUCGGAAGAUGGAAGUUCGUGUACAGAUUCGACAUCAAGUUCAAUGACAAUACCCGGUUCAAAUAAAACGCAUCUACGUGUUUCGAACGAAGAGAAAAAUUGCUUUGAUGAAUCUGAAAACGAUGAUGAAGAAGAAUGGAAACCGAAAAAGAAGAAACAACGAACGAAAAUCACUUCAACAGCUACAAAUAGCAGAAAGAAGAAAAAAGAUCUUCUUCUCGUUGUCGCUCCAUCAACAACGAAACUCAAUUGUAUAAUUCCAUAUGAAAAUAUCAAUCCGGUGACAAAACGAACUGUGAUGCCAUUAGUUCCACUUCCAGUAACAACAUCAAAUAGUGAUCGAAUAUUUUUCAAAAAUCAUCCCGUCUCGUCUGAUUCUUCACAUUAUUUUGUUCAAUCCCCAUUAAAUCUAGUCGAUGAUGAUCAAUCAUCAAUUAUUAUCUUUAAAGAAGAUAUUAAUAAUUGA